UUCGCAUCAGGAUCAUCUCGCUUCUCUCCCCCUCCCCCCCCCUUCUUCCUUUUUCUGUGUUCGCGAUUUUUCAUGCAGAAGAAGAACAAUCGGUCAUCUCCUCUUCGACAGUUUUUUCCCGCGCCGGGUUUGCUACUUUAAGAGAGUGCCGCGCGUAUUUACGCACAGCCGGUCCGUGCAGCCAAACAGCGAAGAUCUGAGGGAUAUCUCGGCGCUGUCAUCCUCUGGAAUCCCUCUCUCCCCCCUCUGCUCCUCCUCCUCCUCCUCUUCAUCAUCAUCGUCGCCUCGCACUCCAGGACUUUGCCCUUGGCUGUGACGCUGUUGUCGACGUUUCCAUGGAGACCCUGGCCUGCGGUUGGGCCUGCGACCCGUGUGACCCCAGCGACCUCAGAGAGGAGGCGUCGUCUGUGUGGGAUUCUCAGUACGUCUAUAACGGCUCUCCUCCUGCUGCUGCUGCUCUGUUGUGGGCGGAGCCUAUCUCCCCUCACCUCCAGAGAAACAAACAGCUGCAGGACGUUCUGCUGCAGAGAGAGGAGGAGCUGGCCCGCCUGCAGGAGGAGAACAACAAACUCAGACAGUUCUUCAGCUCCUCGUUUGUGAGGAACCUGCAGCAAAAAGCAAAGAAACUAACCGCUGACGGGAGGACGAAGCUGAAGAGAAACCUGAUGCACCAGGAGGACGGACCUCUACAGACCCGCAGUCAUCAGCUGCUCGCCUCCCAGCAGGUCAGCAAGAGAGUCUGCAGGAACCUCACUGCCCAGUUCUGCUCGGAGUUCCCUGAGACGCCCGCCUCCUCCUCAGAACCAAACCUGGACCUCUGGGUUCUGAGGACGCUCGGGCUGAAGGAUCGAGACACCAUCGAUACGUCCAGCAUCUCCUCCUCCUCGUCCUCCGCCUCUGGAUUCAGCUCUUUGGUUUAUGAUGCCGCUGCCUCCUCUUCUUCACCCUCUGAAUACUCUCUGAACUCGUCUUCUACGCCUUCUUCUGUCCAGAGCUACUGCCAAACGUCGACGCCUCAAUCUGACUUUGUGUUCAGUCCUGCCGAUUCAUCGCCGAGCUGCACGACCUCUCCGGGCCAACGCUCUGACUUCACCACCACUGGACGGUUUGAAUCUCCCGACGCCGUCAUCAGGAGCUACAACACCUUCACUGCCUUCCAGUCUCCCCCACGAGACCUGCCCUUCAGCACGUCACCGCUCAGAGCAGAGAUCUGUCCUCAGUUCCCGGCCUCGAGUCCAGUCCAAAGUCUGCAGAGGAACCCAACAGAACCUCCGGCUUACUGGUCCCCGAUGAGAAGCGGCAAGACCACAUCAUCACAGGACGCAAUCCAGUUCAGUCCACCUGGAGAGAGAGUCCAUUUCUCCCCCGUCGCCUCAUCCAGUCCCGCCAUCAACCAGUCUAGCACACCUAGUCCGUCAGCGGGAUCCAGCACGCCUCAGACGCCUCGCAGCCGCACAGAUUUGGCGUUCAGUAUGUGCCUGAGCCCGUCCAACAGCGUCAAGACCCACAGCUUCCCCCAGGGACAAGCCUUCGUCAGGAAGGACAGCGGGGGUCGGUGGAACUUCACCUGGGUACCCAAACAAGGACCAUGAAAGAUCUUCCUCUUAAGGGACUCGCUGCUAACUGAUCGCUGCCACAGUUCAAACUUUCAGAACUAAAAAAUGGAUGUUUUACUUGUUGCUGGUUGAAGAGUUUGUUCUUGGGUCCGGUUGAUAAACAUCCAUUGAAGACCAUCAUGACAGAGACUUUUGAUUUUCUGGUUUACGUUCAAACACUAUGAUCCUGACAUCGAUGAGACGAUCUGUACGACAUGAACAGAGAUGAACCAUUCACCUGUGGGACAUUGGAACUAACAGGCUCGAGCCACGCUAAUGUAAAGUAGCUUAAAGUCAACUUACAAUGAGAGCCACUUGAAAAUUAACAAAUGCACAAUAUUAAGCGUUAUCUUAGCAUUAGCUUAGCAUUAGUCAUACUUGAUUUUUCAUCCGCGAAGCAUUGUUCCUACAUUCUUACU